AUGCCGUCUGCCACAAACGCUCAUCUCGAGGAGGCGUUCGUUCAAGAUGAACACGUCAAACUCAUUCUUUGCUUCGAUGGUACUGGCAACACCUUCAGCGGUACCAAUGCCGACACCAAUGUCGUCAAGAUUCUACGAAAGCUUGAUCGCAACAACAACAAGCAGUACCAUUAUUAUCAGACCGGAAUCGGCACCUACGAUGCGAAUGAGAGCUCCAUCCACAAGUCUACUCUAGGGGAGAUCAAGAGUAAGGUUUCCAAAACCAUCGACCAAGGUUUUGGAACAACCUUUGACUCUCAUAUUAUGGCCGGCUACCGUUUCCUCAUGCGACAUUAUGAACCCAAGGCCAAGAUCUACAUCUUUGGUUUCAGCCGUGGCGCUUACACUGCCAAGUAUCUAUCGCGCAUGGUUAACAAAGUUGGUCUUCUGUGCAAGGGCAAUGAGGAAAUGGUACCAUUUGCCUAUCGUCUCUACGCCCGGGCUCUGGAAAGUGAGAGCGAGGAUCGUAUCGCUGCGCAGAAAGGCGGUGUCUGGGCCAUGGGUGCUCCUGAAGAAGCAUCGACCCAUACUGACUCUACGCCGUUGCUCAAUCGACACAAUCAGCCUAACAGUGUACCAAAUGGCCAGACCAACGGCGUCAAUGGUUAUUCUCAAUGUACAUGCGCUGAUGAAUCAGUCGAACAUUCCCCUGCUGGAGCUGAAGAACCUACCGAAACUGACGACGAGGAAGACAAUACUACCUUCAUGGCUGGCAACGUCAACAUCAAAAGGCGAUCCAAGACCAAGAUCGCCAGAAGGGAAGUCAAGGCUUUCAGUCAGACCUUUUGUCGAAAUGAGGGCACAGAUCCGAAGAACCACAAGAACAUCAAAGUCUUCUUCCUGGGAAUGUGGGACUGUGUCAACUCUGUCGCCGUCGUUGAGAAAAACGCCCCAGCACCUGUCGAGAUUACUGGCACUGCAAAACAUGUUCGCCACGCCGUUGCUGUUGAUGAACGGCGUGUCAAGUUCAAGCCCGCUCUUCUGGCACAAGAUAUCCGAACCGUCGUCAAGGAGGCAAAGGAGAAGGAGGCAGCGAAGAGGCUAGGAAAGUGCCAGAAGUGUAAGAAGGUGAAGAAGGAUAAACGAACAGAGGAGCAGAAGAGGAAAGACGAGGAAGAGGAGGAGAAGGAAAGACUGGAGAAUGAAGAGGAUAUCAGAGAAGUUUGGUUCCCUGGCAACCAUGGCGACAUCGGCGGAGGAUGGCCUGCUAUGCCUGAGCUCGUGUCACCCGACAAGAUGACAUGGUACAGGCGUCUUGGGUGCAUUUUCAAGAGCAUGAAGCCUGCUGAUGUGACGGGUGGUCUCAAGAAUAAUGAUCUUCAGAUGAGCGACAUGGCUCUAGACUGGAUGAUUCGAGAAGUCACUCUCGUUGGCGAGCACGAUGAGAAGUCUCGUGUCCACUGGUGUCAUACCGUUGACAAGUUCAUGGAGAGUAUGGGCAAGAAGGCUCCCAAGGGUAAGAAGACCAAUCUGCAGAAAUAUGUCAUUGAAGGAUUUCAGCAUGAUACUCUCAGGUUUGGAUACGGGUCUUCUUUCUUCAAAGUCAUUUUGUGGAACUUUAUGGAAAUGAUCCCAGGAAUUCCAAGAUGGGAACUCAAUGACAAUGAUCCAGAUGAGGCCAAGAAGGGCUGGGAGUCGUGGCGAUGGAAACCCAACUUUGGCAGCUUCCGUGACAUCCCGCGCAACGCUGUUCUUCAUAAUUCUCUGAUUCAACGUUUGAAUGCCGAGAGUAUCAAGUACCGUCCUGAGAACAACCACGGUAAAGACGAGCCUUGUUUAUUGGGUCCUGGUAAGGAGGGUGUUGCCAAGAUGAAGAAGGCCGAGUUGCAGAACCAGAAGGAUCUUGGCGAAUACACAAAGGCAGUGGAGAGGACAUGGGCUGAAAGACAUCAGCUUUGGCAACUUGAUCCCCCCAAGAAGCCCAAUGCCAAUGGUACCACUGGUAUUUCAACUAUGUAA